UGGACAAGUGAACAGUAACAUGUAGCUUACAUAUUUGCUGAAUAGAUAGCCGUCUUGCCGUAAAAUUUCAUAAUAUGUCAACGGUAUAGAUGAAGACACGUUUUAAGUGCAAUAAUAAUUCUCAGUGUAAAGGCGUGUUAUUUUACUAAUAACAAAUACGUAUUAAAUAAUGUUGGCAACGGUUAAACAUUUGCUAGCGCAAAAGCGUAUUGUAUUAGCAAGCAGUUCUCCUCGGCGGCAGGAACUUAUAAAAUCCAUUGGACUCAAUAUUGAGUUAUGUCCAUCAAACUUUGAAGAAAAUUUGGACUAUCAUGAUUUCAAGGAAUUCGCUGGAUUUGUUGAAGCUACUGCUGAUGGCAAGGCUGAAGAGGUGUAUCAACGCUUGCAUGCCGCUGAUCCUUCAUCAGAUUUACUGGUUAUAGGCGCAGACACAAUGGUCACGUUAGGUGAUGAAGUUUAUGGCAAGCCAAAGGAUGCUGCCGAUGCUGUUCGCAUGCUGACUAAUCUUUCAGGCAAAUGCAAUCGCACGCAUACGGGUAUUGCGCUGCGUCACAGUAAAGGCAGUCGACAUUUUACAGAAACUACUGAUGUAUACUUCGGUGAAUUAAGCAAAGAACAAAUUCAGGACUAUGUUGAUAGCGGCGAACCGCUCGAUAAAGCGGGCGCCUAUGGCAUACAAGGAAUUGGUGGCUCCUUAAUUGCUAAAAUUGAAGGUGAUUAUUAUUGUGUUAUGGGCUUGCCAUUACAUCGCCUGUGCAAGGAAAUAUGUGCUUUGCUUGAGGAAACCGAAAAUGGUUGCUCUGCCGAAAAGAAAUCAAGAAAAGAGUGAUAUAGUGAAUGACAGAUAAAAUAUUUGUUCUAUGCCGCAGAUAUUGAAUUUUAAUACCAAAGUCAUAAGCUAAAUUUACAAAAGAUCUCAGUGAAUUAUAAUUAAAAUGACAAAAUUAUUAAAAUGAGAAUCUGUUAGAAAAAUUAUAUUGGAAAAGUGCUUAUUUUAAAUUUGUUAAACAACGUAUGUGGCUGAUAGGAAGAAGCCUAGUGUAUAUGAGAUUAGAAAUAUCAGACAUUAUUUAAAGUUUUACAGGCUAGUUACUCAGAAAUGCGUUCACAUAGCCAAGAUAGCACAGUGCUAUGAUGGUAUGCGAGUUGUUAUUGCGCCAGAAAACGUUCCAGAUGUAAUUUUGACGUAAAGUGCCGAGUGUCGAAAAAAAUCGUUGUCCGUUCCGGUUACUUAGACUCGACUGUUGUGGGUGUAUGUGAGUUGUAUUUAUGUUUUCACAUAUCGUCACCUGAAAUGCAAAAUAACGUAACAACAUUUUCGGAAAUGUAAAGUGGCAUGAAUGAAACUCGCAAUAAAAUGGAACAUGAGUGAAAAAAAAAUUUAAUAUUGGUUAAAACUGGUUUAUAUCUGAGUGCAGAACCUGAAAAUGUUGAACAUAUGUUAUAUUAUCUUUGUAAUUUGAAGUGGUGAAGCGUAAUCAAUAAGACACUCAAUUUCGAAUUUUUUGAUGAUACGUUAUUUUGCAUUUCAGGUGACGAUAUAUUCCAAGCUUAUUAUUUGAAUUUUGUUGAAAAAUGUUUUUUUUUUUUAUUUCAAUUUAUUAUGCGAAUGUAUGUACUUGAAAGCAAUUAUUCAAUAGCCCACCAUAUCGGCCGUAACUGCUGUUUUUGUAUCUGCAAUUUGUUAGUGCAAUUAUAAUCCUCAAACAUCAAUGCUGUGGUUAGUUCAUUUUUUUCCUCUGCGAAUGGCAGGCACCUUGUCGUGGUGCAGGGGCUUAAGUCGCAUGGUAUACUCUGCACCUUCCAACCGGUGUGAGCGGUGCUGCCUUGCACUCCUUAGGCGGGUUGUCAGAUGACGUAUGCGUGCGGCAACCAAGAUCUGCCACCUCCUAAUCCAGGGUGUUAUGCGACUCCCGUGCCCAUUGGAUGAUUUGCAGCCAGGAGGUUAAUUCGGCUGUAUUCUAACGGAGCCUUCCCAACAUCGGGCCGAAUUGGGAAGUAAUGGUGGCCUUACCGCGUCAAGGGGCUCUGGCGCGGCGGACCUUUGUGUUCCCCUAUAUAAAUGUAGACCCGACCGCUCACCGCGUUGAGCCGAGGGUCGUAAGAACAAGAUGAUAAACAACAAUACAACAAACACAACUUCAACAAUUACUACGACAAGGCAACAACCACAGCAGACGGCAAAGGACAACGGCAAUGACAACAGUACCGGUGCAGGUAAGGUGUGUUCAGGAGCUAAACCUUUGUUUAGCUUCCUGGAUGCCCUAUCGCUAGAGGAUCGUGCGCUAUUUGAAGAGCUUAUCAGGGAGGAUGACAUCGACAUGCCCUCCUGCAGUGGCGCUCAGCAGACGACAUCCACUGCGGUCCCUGGAAAUGUGACGAACACCACCAUAGCACCCCCAAACAGGCUCACCUGCUCGCAUUCCGGAGAAGGGGGUAGUCGAAAGAGGAAAAGGAAACGAAGACGCAGACUACCGCCUCUACCACCAGCUGGUCAGCCAGGUGGUCACGAUGACCCUCGUAGAAGGGGAAUGAGCGGUGCCUGCCUUAAAUGGUACCUGAGGCAUCUCCAGGACGGAAGAACUCCUGACGAGGCCGAGAAGAUGGCCCUUAACAGGAUCAGAGGCAGCGCCACUACAAGGGCACGUAAGGCCGGAAAUACCAUAUCCGUUAGCAAAGGGACUAGCGGGAUUCGAAUCCAUGAUCCAUUCAACGCCAAUCCAUCCAGUAAUUGCGGAAGUGAAAAGACGGCGCCUCCGAAGAUACACACCACGAAACGCAAAAGCGAACACAUAACGCCACAGGAGCCACCGAACUCUAAACGGCAGAAGGUUGAUUAUGGCCAGGUAGCUGGAGGGCUACUCUCCGCACCUAAUCCUCCACGGGCUUCUAAGGAACACCGCAGAUGUGCGGUUGCUUUAAAAGGUAUACAGAUGGUUGUGCUGCCUCUCAAUUACCCGGCGGAGACUAUAGGGUCAGAGGAGCUUACCACUCUACAAGAUCUCCUCAUGGAAGAGGUGUACAGAGGGUGUGGGUACCCAGUGUCCUUCCAUGGGGUGCAUUUUAAGUACAGUAUGCUACAGGUGGAUUGCAAGGACGAAAGAAGUGCUAACUGGCUAAGGGAGAUCGCUCCCAAGCUGUUAGGCUGGAACGGCCCCGUCCUAUGCGCAAAGAAGAGAGAAGACAUUCCGCCCAUGCACACCAUGACUGUGUUCCUCCCCAGGUCUGCCGAUAAACCAUAUGAAUUUGCUCUACGGCUCAUCAAGAACCAAAACCGGGGAAUUAAUACCUCCUCCUGGCGAGUGGUAUAUAGCAAAGUUGAGGAUUCUGGAUGGAGGCUGAAUAUCUGUGUGGACGAUGAGGCCUAUAAAUUCAUCCGGAAGGAGCGCUAUCGCCUAUACUACCGGUUCAGCUCGGUAGUCAUGAGACCCUACAGGUCCAACGCUACUAAGGAGAGCGGAAAUGAUGAGAAAGUGCUGGUAAACGAGGAUACUACGAAGGACAGCGUAGAUGAGGACGGGUACCUCAUAAAAGAGAUCCUAUAGUCGUCAGCCAUGCGAAAGUUGCCCAGGUGAACCUGCAGGUUUACAUCGGAUAACCUGGGCAUUCUGCUAAUACACGAGCCAUGGUUCCACAAAGAAAAGAUUUCCAAACACAGGACCUAGUCGCUGUGCAGGCCAAAGGAUAACGGAGGUGUAGACUUCCUCACACUAUCACUAUCUGCACCUACAGAGGCUGUGAAGACUACUGCAGGAGAAAUAGAUUGCCCCUGAUUCUGGGUUGCGAUGCAAACGCACGCCACGCAGAAUAGGACAACACGCAGGACAAUGCUGCUGUUUUUAGAGAGUCAACUGUCGAAGAAUGAAUUUCCCAGCCGAAGCUCAUACAUAGCAAGUGUAUGGAAAAUAGGAUGAAACAUUGGCAUUCCUGAGUUGAAUCAAAAGAUGUCUUUUUGAGGGCAACAACAAAGAUUUGUAUUAAAUUACCUGAAAAUGUAUUUUAGUUUUGAGUCCGACUCAAAUUUGAUCAAUAAGUAUAUUACAAUAAAAAGUGAUACAGACAAUCUGAAUAAACUGAAAA